AUGGUAGGUUGGCAAUUUCGACUGACACCAAAACAAGCAGCCGCGAAAAUUGUUGUUGUUAUUAUUGGUCUAGCAAUUGGAGCAUAUGGUGUGGCAAAAGUCUAUAAACCGCUUCAGCUCAAUUCUUGCACGGCAAUUCUUAAAUUCGAUUGUUCUGCUGUGAAAAGUUUUUACAUGGUCAGCUUGAGCCGUAUCAGUGGUAUAAUGGGUUUCAGGACGAAUUGGAUUUGCGCAAAGGUGAAUUGUUACGAUACUAUAAAGCGAAACAUGACGAACGUAUCCGACAAGCUACCAACAAGUCAAACUAACAAAUAUCUAAUAGGUGUUGGUGGCGAUGGCAGUUAUCAUGAUCGCUCACCUUCUGAUUCCUUAUUCAAACAAACAUUUAAGUUUUACAAACGGCAUGAUGUGGUGCCCAGUUUCUCCGAAGUUCGUAAUUUACGAUGCUCUUUAUCUACUCAUGGAAUAAUUUGCUCAAAAUUUGAACCAACUGUGGUACCAUCGGAUGUAAUGUUGGAAAAACUUGGACUUCGUCCAGUAUCAAAUUGGACUGCUUCAACUAUUACUCAUCGUCCGGGUAUGGUAAUGUUGAAUGAUAUUUUUGAACCAAUCCAUCAUCUUCACUGGAUAAAACGCUCAUUGUUUGUUUACACUGAACCGCCUGGUUUCACCAAUGUUGGCCUACAGGUUCCCAAUGUUCGAAAUGUAUUCAAAGAAUACAGGAAACAAUUGCGCUGGUCCACUCUUGGUCUCCACUACGAUUGGGCAACGAAAAUUUAUCCUUUUGAGGGUGAGUCACUUCCUGAGGAGCUGAUAUUGCUAUCGAAUGUUCUCUCCGAAGCACUUGGUACAGGACCGAUGUAUGCUGAUGCUGCUAUCAUAAACUUCUACUCAAGAAAAUCAACAUUGGCGCCACAUAUUGACAGAUCGGAACGAAAGCUAUCUUCACCACUUAUUUCGUUAAGUUUCGGCCAGACCGCAAUUUAUCUGGCUGGUGGAACUGAUUUAAAUGACCCAAUUGAUGCAUUUUACAUACAGUCAGGUGAUGUCCUCGUCGUUUAUGGGCCACAACGGCUCAUAUAUCAUGCAGUACCACGGAUUCUACAAGAUAAAAAAUUCGAAGAUAAAAAUCAGCCUGAAGAGGUAGUGAAAUAUGCAAAUGAGAAUCGCAUCAACAUUACACUUAGGCAAGUUGAUGAACACAAGUAA